AUGAACGAAUAUACAAGACAAAAACCGAUCGACAAUGGCCGCCCAGUUAGAGUUAUCAUCAUUGGAGCAGGAGUAUCUGGCAUUGCCUUGUACAUCCGUCUUCUCCAGUACGUGCCCAAUGUCACAAUCACCAUCUUCGAGAAGAACGCGGGUUUGGGGGGCACUUGGUUUGAAAAUCGCUAUCCCGGCGUUGCCUGCGACAUUCCAAGUCACGUCUACCAAUACUCUUUUGAGCCAAACACGCGGUGGUCGCAGCUUUUUGCUAGUGGACCCGAGAUCCUAGAAUACGUGAAAGGUGUGGCUAGCAAGUAUCGAGUGGCGGAGAAGAUAAAGUACAACUCAAAGGUUGUUAGCGCUACGUGGAAUAAUAAAAAGGGCGUAUGGUUGGUAAUAACGAUGCAGAAUAAGUCUUCUGGAGAAUCUGAAGUGCGAGAGACAGAGGCAGAGAUCGUUAUUAGUGCUGUAGGCAUCCUCAACAACUGGAAGUGGCCAGAGAUUGAAGGUUUGGAGUUGUUUGAGGGCAAACUGCUUCACUCUGCCAAUUGGGAUACUACUUGGGACUAUGAAGGAAAAACAGUUGCGUUGCUUGGCUGCGGAUCUUCAGCAAUCCAAAUUCUACCGCAUCUUCAGAGGAAAUGUCUUCGAGUGCAUAAUUUCAUUAGGGGAGGAACCUGGAUCAGCCAGCCAUUCGGAUCUACGUUUACCGAGAACAUUUUAACGAACAGCACAGAGCCUGGAAAUUACUCUUACACCAAUGAAGAAUUGCAAAGAUUUGAAUCCGACACAGACUACUACCAGACAUUUAGACGGGAAAUAGAAAGCUUCAUCAACAAAGACUUUCCAUGUCUCUUUCCGGGAACCCCCGAGGAAAUAGAAUCGACACAAAAACUCAAAGAUAACAUGCGUGCCAAACUUGCCUCCACAGAUGGCGUGUACGAAGCCAUUGAGCCUCAGUUUACACCAGGUUGUCGGCGUCUGACUCCGGGGCCUGGAUAUCUAGAAGCCCUAACCCGAGACAACGUUGAACUGGUGAAGAAGCCAAUCGCGCGUUUUACCAGGCGAGGAGUAGUAACUACAGACGGCACGGAGUUCGAAGUAGACGCAAUUGUCUGUGCUACUGGAUUUGACUGUAGCUACAAACCACGCUUUCCGGUUAUUGGGAAACGCCAUCAAAACCUCUCCGAGAAAUGGCAACGGCGGGCUUCAGCGUACUUAUCUCAUUCAACCCCAGGAUUCCCGAAUUACUUCACUGUCGGCGGUCCCAACUCAGCCACUGGCGGUGGGUCACUUCUUUUAAUCCUUGAAUCAGUCAUGGGAUAUGUGGUAAAAGCUGUGCAGAAAAUCAGCCGGGAGAACAUCAAAUCGAUGGAAGUGAAGGAAUCAGCCUUACGCAGCUGGCAAACCCACUUGGACCAGUAUUUUCCCAAGACAGUGCAUGUUGACAGCUGCACAAGUUGGUACAAAAUUGACGGAAAGAUCAUCGGCUUAUGGCCAGGAAGCAGUCUUCACGCCAUGAAGACUCUCGAGCAUCCUCGGUGGGAGGACUACGAGUACGAGCUGGUAGAGAAAGAAGAUGAGCUUAGCUGGCUCGGCAAUGGGUGGACGAUUGAGGAUGUAAAUCGAGGUAAUCUCGGUUAUUACAUUGAUUUUGCAGACAUGCCGCCUAUUCCAUCUGAGGAACUGCUAGCUAGGCAGCCAUGA